AUAAUGUCUACAAGAUGGUACCCGAUCUACCAGAAAGGUGGUCCACAAUUGAGAGUAUUCCUGCCAAAUUUCUGGAUGAAACUCGUAAAGCCAACUCAAGACCAACCGCCAAAUAUCGUGCAGUUCGCAUGUUCAAUGGAAAUGACCAAGCAUGAUGUUAAAAAUUAUCUGGAAAAAAUCUAUAACAUCAAAUGUGUGGAUGUUAGGACUAGGAUUCAUAUGCCCAAAACUAGAAGAGACCCUGGAAAAGGCUAUGUUAUCAAAGAUGAAGAUACAAAAUAUGCCUAUGUCACAAUGCCCAAAGAAGAAUCUUUCAAAUUCCCAGAUCUGUUUGAGACUGAAACCAAAGAAAAAAUUGUUGAAGACCAUGAUAAAGCUAUGAAACAGGCUAAAGAAGGCUUUCAAGACUUUUUGAAGAAAAAUAAAGAUAGAGCAAAUAUGCCAGGGUGGUUUACAAUUUGA